CGUCACGUGGUGCCAAAGGGGCGGGGAGAGCCCCUCUGACUGACAGCUCGCUCCGCCGCGCCUCAGAAGGGACCGGGGACGGCUCGUCGAGCGCGGCGCUUUCUCGGCAGCUGCGGACCCGACGGCGUGUCCGCCCCUUGCCGGGUCCCGCGGGCCGCCGCGGUGAGAGGGUCCGGGGCUGCGGUGCUGCGCUCUCGAGGGGCCGGGCGGCGUGGCUGCGCGGGGACGGAUGCCAUAAGGCUUCUGAGCUGCUUGAGACUCAGCCUUGGUGGCCAGAGGCUCCCAACACACUUGUGUGUGUUUGCAGCUUCAGGAAACUGCUCCUCAGCCUGUGCCUAUCCUGUUUGGCAGCCCGGCUACCAUGGAGGCCCCAGAAGUCCCUAUGGGCUCCCUGAUCGACUUUGGAACUGAACCACCUACCUCUCCGCCCCUGGAGGCAGCCCCUUCAACACUCCAGGACCCAGAUGGCUCCUUGGGUGACGGUGCAUCUGAGAGUGAGACCACUGAGUCUGCAGACAGUGAGAAUGACAUGGGCGAGUCACCCUCACACCCGUCCUGGGACCAAGACCGCCGCUCUUCCUCCAAUGAGUCCUUCUCCUCCAAUCAGAGCGCUGAUUCAGCUCCAGACGAGGAGACCCUGGCACUUCGAGAGUUCAUGCGCAACUACGUAGAGAAGAUCUUCUCUGGAGGGGAGGACUUGGACCAGGAAGAGAAGGCCAAGUUUGGGGAGUACUGCAGUGGUGAAGACGGGAAAGGCCGUGAGUGGUUCGCACGGUUUGUGAGCGCACAGCGCUGCAAAUCCAAGUGUGUGUCUGAGCCAACCUUCUACCGCCUGGUGCAGUCCUUUGCGGUGGUGCUGUUUGAGUGUCACCAGAUGGACGACUUCGGGCCUGCUAAGAACCUCAUGACCAUGUGCUUCACCUACUAUCACCUGGGCAAACCACACCUGCUCCCUACAGAGCCCAGGGAGAAGCCAGCUGGCAGCAUUGACUCCUACCUGAAGUCAGCUAACAGCUGGCUGGCUGAGAAGAAGGACAUUGCUGAGCGUCUGCUGAAGAACACAGAGAACAUGAAGGGCUUCUUUGGGGGCCUGGAGACCAAGCUGAAAGGGCCACUGAUCAGGAAAAACGAGGAAGACGAGAACAAACCCAAGGACAGACAGCUGAAGACUGUGACUGUGAUCAGCCCCGAAGAUGAACAGAAGGGGGAGAAGGUUUACCUGUACACGCAUCUGAAGCAGCAGCCCAUCUGGCACACAUUGAGGUUCUGGAAUGCAGCCUUUUUUGAUGCUGUCCACUGUGAGAGGCGGAAGCGAUCCCCCACCACCAGAGGGGAUGCUGGAGAGCAGGAGGAGAAGAGGGAGAAAUGGUGCCACAUGACCCAGGAAGAGCGGGAUGACAGCCUGCGGUUCAAUGAGAACAUCACCUUCGGGCAACUGGGUACAUUCACCCACAACAUGCUGGCCUUUGGCCUGAACAAGAAGCUGUGCAGUGACUUCCUGAAGAAGCAGGCUGUGAUUGGCAACCUGGAUGAGGAGCAAUACAAGCUGCUAAGUGACCACAUUGAACAAAUGGCCACAGAAUAGGAGGUCAGCACACGCCGCUCUCCCAGGAGCUGUCACCCCAGUGAUGACCCUGCAUGACACCAGCAGCACCCAGAGCCGCUCCUGGCUGCCCUAGAACUAGCAGUUAAAAGACUCCAGAAGCCUGUCUCCCCCUGCCUGUGUUUGCUCCCCACUCUAUGUACAAGGUGUCCCUUUGGUUACACAGCUAAAAAUGAGGGACUGUCUACCCCCACCUGUCCUUGAGCACCAGGCUUAUGAGAUGAGACAGAGGGUGGAGGAGGCCAUAAGCUAGGGUCCCAAAGUUCCUACUGAGAGCCAGGGACAUGCGGACAUGGAGGUGCAGGAGGGAUACACACAGCUAUAAGGUGCGAACAGAACCUCCACUGAGGGUCACAGCCUGCCAUUCCCUGCCACAGGACUUUCUGGGAGCAUAGCUGUGUGGAGGGACUGUGGAGCCUUCCUGAAAGGUCUUGGCUACCUGCUCUUUGUCACCUCUGCAUGGGGCAGGAACUAGAAAUCACAGGAACUGGAAGAGAACUCAAGGGUUGUCACUUUCCUAACGGUGUGUGCAUUCUGCCAGCCACAACCUUGUCUCAGACUCCAGAGUCUGUCAACAGAACCCGUGAACUGUCCACUCAACACCGUCUGUCCUUCAGUAGCAGAGAAGAUCCUUCAGUUCCCAGACAGCAACAAUAUAUGUCAUGGAGUGCAGGAAGCAUGGGGGAAGGUUGUCUGCAGCGCUGGGAUGACACCCUUGCUAAGAGCAACUGGUUAGAGCUGGAGCACAGAAUCCAUCUGACUGAGAGGAGGCCACAGGGAAGUGAAGUUGCCUGAUAGCUCCAGCCCAUGCCCUUCCUCCUUCUGAAAGAGACCCACAGGGACUUUCCUCUUCUGCACCCACGUGCCAGACAAAGUCUAACCCACAGCAUCCAGUGUGCUGGCUCCAGAGCUGCUGUCCCCAUCUGCCCCACCAGCAGCCUAGGUUCCUUCUGUGCCAGCUACAGCCAUUCUGGUCACUGACCUUGAAUUCGGCCUUGCAGGCUCUGCUGUCACUCUUCAUCGCCUCAUCGUUCCCUGUCCCUCAGCCUUCAGUCAUAUUUAGUCAAGGUCUGUCUGCAAGCACAGCAGUCCUCUCCUGACAGCCAUGUACUCAGCUGCCGAAGGCAAGCUUUCCCUGUGGGGAAUGUCUCCCUAGGAUGUCCAAAGAAAAGCAGAUGGGUCGAGCUUUUGAACGAGCAUUUCUUGGAUGUUGGGGGUGACCGAGGCCGUUCAUUCAUUGCAGAACAAUUCAAACAAAUGCUGACAGCCUGGUCAGCCCCUGAUGACAUAGGAUGUAUUGUUGGGGCCAGCAAGGACACCCACCCCAACAUUAGGACCCCAUAACUGUGCCUGUCUCUGCUCCUGUGCUUAAGGGAGGUGACGUCAAGUGGGGUCACCCCUGCUGUCCUCUCUAGAGCCUUCCUCAACUGUACAAGCAUGGCAGCCUCUCCUUGCUCCUCCCAGUCCUGCAUUAGUUGAGUUCAGUGAGACUUGACUCCAGCAGCUGCGUUGUCUGACUUCUGCCUUGCCCCGUGCAGCCAUGCACAGCCUUAAGGGGAAGAGCACCAAUGGUUCCAGCACACGGUCUUUAGAAGUGACUUGGAGACUGUUCCACACCAACUUUUUGAGAUAUCCCUUCAAGGAAAAAAGGAAGGAUGGCUCUGUUAUCUGUUUUGUCUGUCUUGCUCUUUAUUCUUGCAGAUCCAGCCCCUCAGUUGGGAAAUUCUGACCCACGUUAGAUCCACAGGCCACUGCUAAGGACUUGGUAACCCUCUGAGGACAAGGUGGUCUUUGAUGGGAGCAAAGAUGCAGGUGAUGGAGGUGGUCCCACUAUCACCUGCAGAUGUCCUGUGUUGUCAACUAGCCUUGAUAAAGUUUCACAUCUGGGAGCCUCUGGUCAGUGUCUCUGGGACACCAGUCUGCCCCAUGAAGUAUCUUGUCUUCCUGUGGUAGCUUUCCCCUAGGGCUCACCAAGCAAGUGUGAACUGGGCUCCCUGGCAAGCACUCCUUGGCUGCCCGGCUGAGCUCACAAGCAGGUCAAAUUACCUGGAUAAUCCCAAGCAGUAUCUCCAGUCUUGGCCGGUAGUGGCCCAGAUCUGUGCAGGCCCAUUAGCAACACACUCAAGCCUUCCUGGCAUGUGACCUUCAGGGCUGCGCGAGUCUUUGUCACUCAUGACAGUGUCUACCCUUACAGAAAAUAGUCCCCAGUUCUGAAAACAGGCCAGUUACUGUGGCUCUGCUGCGGUCAGCUUUGUUAGGGUAUUGUGGGUGUUGGUGGCAGAGCGUGGCAGCCUACAGGCUGCCUACAGGCUGCCUCUGCUGAGUGUCUAGCCUCAGGCAGGGCCACACGCGGGUCUAUUGAGAGAUCUGCAUUGUGCAUCCUGGCACACCGUGAUUUUCCUCUUGUCCAAGAAACAAAGGGGCUGAGGAGGUCAGUGUCUCAACAAGCAGACUGCGGACAAAGCUGGUGUUCAAACUUCAUCCACAUAGGAAGGAAGUCUUCCUGGCUGGGCAUAGUGUACACCUGUAAUCCUUCACUCAGGAGGUGAAGGCAGGAGGAUCAGGAGUUCAAGGUCAUCCUCAGCUACACAGGGAGUUCAAAGCCAGCCUGGGCCACAUGAACUCAGGGUAGCCUUAGAGCCAGUGUCCCAUCUGAAGACUUAGCCUGAUGCAGAUGGGGUUCCACAGCCUGUUUUGUCCCCCCUCAUCUGAGAAGAAGCAAUCAAUGCUCUGUCGGUUUCUGUAGGUCAGGGACCUUGCAGGGCCCAUGGACACAGGAGGCUCCAAGGGCAGCUUGCUACUCUAGAAACACCUGCCACUCCAGGUUGCUGGUGUGAGUGGCCCAAGCUUCUCUACUGGGAAAUAUGUGAAAAGUAGAGGUCUAAUUGUGGUGACCUUAGGAGUCCCAGGUGUAGUCUCACCUGACCUUGACCUUCCUGGGACACGUGACUAGCUGGUUUUUCAUUCGGAGCCUGCACAGCUGGAGCAGCUUUAUCCCCGUUCCCAGACUGCAGUCAGACAGCCAGAAGACUCCAAAACUAGAGGAUUCUUGUAUGGGACACAUACAGCCUCAGGGAAACAGUAAGAGAACCUUUCUCCACAGAGGUUCCUGGGUUCCAGCCUCCUGCCCCCGCUCCUUCCAUCUUCCAAGUCAGCCAGCUCUGCAGAGCCCUUCUAGGGGCUGAGCUGCCUAACCAGUCUAUCCUUCAGAUCCGUCCUCACAGCCACAGUCUCAGGCUUGUUUAGCUUGAGAAGCUGCCGGUAGAUGCCCAUGGAAUGGGCCUCAUUGACUGGACAGGCCUCUUGCGGCUGGGUUCCUGCGCUCCACUCCAUCAGGGACGGGACAGGAGUAUACUGUUAGGUAAGAAAAUGAGUGGACCGGUCUUUUCCAGACUGCUCACAUGUGGUGAACAUACCCCUACUAAGGCUACCUUCCAUGGCAGGUUCCUGCAGGGCCUUCAUUCUGCAGUCCCCCUGGAGACUCUGGGUCAGUGUGCCACCUGCUCCUGGAGAGGGGUGGGGUCCAGGGAGUGAUGUGGGCCAGUUUGCCCUGCUGCAGGGUGACAGGGAAGCUUAUGCCAAUGUUCCUCUGGUAGUUGAUCUGAGCUUUGAAGAACAGAUGGGCACAGAGCUGGGAGCACCACCCCAAGUUGGGCUGUGUUCAUGGGGCUCCUCAGGAAGUUGGCGCUUUGGGGGACCAGCUUCACUGUAGACUCCAGGUUCUGGCAGGAAGUGGCAUGAGCCCAGGUACAAGUUGUGCUCAACUUUAGAGACAGAACUUUAUCCAGAAAGGACCCCUGCCCAUGGAAUGCCUUGGCUUGGACCCUGAGCUGAGGCUGGGCCUUACUCCUAGAUGAUGGCUGUGUUCAUGGAAAGGAGGAAAGAUACCCUGCCUGGGGGAAAAGGUUGGUUCACUGCCAUGCUUGCAAGAGACGCUAACAUAGUGUCAGCUGGGGAGAAGGACACUGGUCAGUAGCCUGAGACCGACCGUCACUUCAUUCAGAAUGGGGAUCCCUGAGAGGGAUGAGUUGGACAUUUGACUGUUGGGAGAUACUAGUCUCAGACAGCAGCCAUGUAUCUCCAUAGAGCAUAUGUGAGGACCUGGACUGUCGGCUGCCUUGCUCUACCUGGUUCCCAGUGCAGUUUCUGUGGGGACUCCACCUGCGCGGUCUGUUCUCUCUUUAGGGUUCCAUACCCAUUUUUUUUUUGCCAGAAGCCCUCCAGUGAUGCUGUCUUUUAUAUGUUACACAACUUGGUGCCCUGCCAGGUCAUGUUCUAAAAUUAAGGUUGAGAAAGUUAUGAGGUUGAGGAUCUCAGGCAGGGCUGUUUCCUGUGAAGAAAAAAAAAAGUGUACCUAUCCAUAUAUAUAGUACCUUGACUUGUCAGGAGGUGAAAACUGAAAUAAAUUAUCUUUGAAAAAGAA